UUUUCUUCCCCCAAUGCCGCUUCCUCCCGCUGGAGGCAUCGCUCUCCACCGCCGUACGCGACGGUCUUCUCCGGUUAUCUCUCUCUAUUUCCUCAAUCUGAAAUUGGACGUUUGAUUUUAUAGUUCUGUGUUUGUUGAUUUGGUGGAUUAAGAAUCGGCCAUGGUGGACGUCGAUCGGGUCAAGGGACCAUGGAGCCCCGAGGAAGACGAGUUGCUGCGAAUGCUCGUGCAACGGCACGGCGCUCGGAACUGGUCCGCUAUAAGCCAGUCGAUCCACGGCCGGUCGGGCAAAUCUUGUCGUCUGCGGUGGUGCAACCAGCUCUCCCCUGGCUUGGAGCACCGGCCGUUCACGGCGGAGGAGGACGAGAUCAUCGUCGGGGCCCACACCAGGUACGGCAACAAGUGGGCGACGAUCGCGAGGCUACUCAACGGACGGACGGAUAAUGCGAUUAAGAAUCACUGGAACUCGACAUUGAAGCGGAAGUUCUCUUCGAUUUCGGACUAUGGCGGCACCGCCGCGGACGAGCCUCCGGAGAAGAAAACAGAGUGCACCAGUCAAGGAUCGACGAUUUCCGUCUCGAAUCGAUGUUUGAGCCCGUCGGGAUCCGACACGAGCGAUUCGACGCCGAGUCUGAACAUCGAGCCGUCGACUCAGCUGACACUGUCUCUUCCCGGAACGUACUCCUCCCCUCCGCGACGGCAGCAGAGUAUAUCCUCACCGGCGGAGGAGAAACGGCCGAAUUUUGGGCCGGAAUUUUUGUCUGCGAUGCAGGAGAUGAUUAGAGAAGAGGUGAGGAAUUACAUGGCGGAAUGUAAAGAACGGGAGGUGUGUUAUGGAAGGAACGACGAAGAAUUCAGGAACGCAGGGUAAAAAGACAGCAAAAACGAUUCGAAAUUGAAGAAGAUGAUAUUGAUUAGGGUUGAAAGAAAACACAGAUGAACAAAUCACUGUCAAGAAGUAGCAAAAAUCUGGGCGGAGUUGAAGAGAAGGAUUUUUUGGUAUUUGUUUCUCUGUCUUUCCCCCCUUUUUGGCUAUAAUUUUGAGCUGGGCUGUACCUGUAUAGACAUUGGAGCGAAGAGUCAUAUUCUUUAGAGUAGUUUCCAUUAUCUUUAUCUGCAACUGAAAAUUUUCCUUUCUUUCUUUCUUUCUGUGUUUUGAAUUCUGUUUUGCAACUUCAACACAAAUUUGAGGGAGGGAAAUGCACAGUUGAAUACUAUUUCAUUCAUGUCAGAGAUUCAAGAGACAAACAACUUUAAGGUAUAUUCCCAAUUGAUGAUGCAUAUUUGUUUUUUC